AUGGCAACAUCAUUUCCAAGGCGAACGCGAAACCAGUCGAAUAAAGUGGUGCCACCAUUUGUGGUGGGGCGCGCACCAUGGUGGCAGCCGGUGGAAGCGGCUGCACGGUUCCGUGAGGGUAAGCGGAAAAUCUCAUUCGCCAAUGCGCUGAAGGAUUUUCUGCAGAAUGUGUCAUUUCAUUGUUAUGGUAAAUUAGUUGAGCCUCACAGACGUUUCCACGAGCGUUUCUUCUGGAUUAUUUUCCAUUUAACAAUGUUGAGCAUAAUGAUUGUAUUUCUAUGGAAAACACAAGUCUUCGGCGGGCAAUUUUUAAGCACGACCUUGUUUGAUCCAAUGUAUCCCAUACAAAACGUGCCGUUCCCCACCUUUUCGAUUUGUUCGCUAAAUCGCAUGUCGAAUUCCUCUGUUACGGCAUAUGCAGAAAGAUUAAAUAUGAAAGAUCCUGCCAAACGUGGUGUAAAUUAUUUUUACGCGCACAUAAAAAAGCUGAGCUAUCCAUAUUCGAAAAGAAUUGAAAAUGAUGAUAAUUUUGAGGAUUUCUUGGAGUUCCAAAACUUUUUGGACGUUUACGAUACUAAGGACACCGAGGUCUUUUACAAUACCAGAAGUCGUAUGAUCGAGUUAACCCCCAAUUGCACGGAUAUAUUGGUACAUUGUCGUUUAGCUGGCGAGGAUUUUGAUUGCAUGACAAAAUUUACAGAAACUCUUACGGCGAAUGGUCUUUGUUGUACUUUCAAUGAAGAUGGCUUAUAUUCGAAACCACGCCCUCCUAGCCUUAGUUUUUUCAAAGAGCAAAAAGGCUUGACACUCCUGUUAAACUCUGCAAAUAAGGAUGAAUUCUUCAAACAAUCAUAUUCAGCUGGAUUUGUAUUCUACAUACAUUCGCAUGGUUAUUACCCGGAGGUUUCAAGUGGUUCGGUAAAAGAGCGCUUCGUCCAAACCGCUAUGCAUACAUACCUUUCAAUUGUGCCGAGCAUUAUGGAAACCGUCAGUGAAGCACGAAUAUUGUCACCAUCAGUGCGUAAAUGCUACUUCGACGAUGAGCAGCCACGAUAUUUCGGCAAGCAAUAUAGCGCUAAUAACUGUAUUACACGCUGUCGCAUGCAUAGCAUGUUGGUCUUAUGUAAUUGCUUGCUCUUCAUGUAUCCCGAAGAAUUGUUGACUGUGGGCACAGACUAUGUGUACUGUACGCUGCGGCACAAAGCUUGCUUGGAACGCUAUUAUUUUAAAUGGUCGAACGUGAUAACUGUACGCGCUAACAUUCCGGGGCUGGAACGGGAAAUGGAGGAUUCUUUGUACUGCCCGGAAUGUUUGCCAGUUUGUACUUCGGUGCGUUACGAUGUUAGAUCCAAUGCGCUGCCCCUGACAUUGUAUAAUAAGCACACUUUUCCGGAAAUAGCAGCGUUAAAUAUGACGAGCCUUGCGUUGACAAAAGUUUAUUUCAGUGUUUCUCAUGUUCAAAUCUUUAGACGUAUUCUUAAGGAUACUUGGUUUGAAGUGCUCAGUUUCAUUGGCAACAUAGUGGGCAUUAUUAGCGGAUUUUCAUUGGUUGGCAUUUGUGAAGUUCUGUACUUUAUCGGUGGCCAGAUGUUUUUGGCUUUUAAGAAUGAAGUUGCAUCCGACCGCAAAAGCAAAAAUAAGAAGACACCAAAAACUCCAUUGUUAAUUUUUCCAUAA